ACGGAACUGGACUCUACGGUCUACGUGGGGGAGUUGGAAGGGGCCCGAAUGGCCCUGGAUCGGGCGAAACCUACCCCGAUUACGGUCUUCUCAGAUAGCCAGGCAGCUAUUCAAGCCGUGCGCAACCCUGGCCGGCCAUCGGGACAGUACGCACUGCAGGCUAUCUACGGGAGGAUUAGGGCCCUGCGGAGCGAGGGCCUGGAGGACGCUGAACUGCGUUGGAUCCCCGUUCAUAUCGGGGUAAAAGGAAACGAAAAGGCGGACAAGGCAGCCAAGGAGGCUGCGAUAAGAGGAGUUGAACUAAGCUCAAGAUAUCUGCCAACGCUUGCGUACGGAGUGGACAAAGCAGUGGGAAAGGCAGAAAGUAGGCAGGCCGACAAGGCGGCUGCUGUCUAA